AUGGGCGGCCGCAACAAGAAGCAGCGCGCGGGCGGCGCGGCUCACGCGGCCGCCGCCGCCGCCACCGCGCGCGCCCGCGCCGCGCCCGCCGGGGCAGCCGCGCCCGCGGAGCCGGGCGGCCGCAGCGCCCCGCCGCGACCCGCGCCCGCCUCCAGGGAGCCGCGCCCCAGACAAGGUCCAAAAACUUACAGUUUUGGUUCAACAACAGAUUCCAAUGCUGCUACAAAUCUAGAUAAAUCUGUUCUUAAGGUAACAAUAAAUGGUAAUUUGGAGAAAAGGAUUAUUGAUGUGAUUAAUAAUCAUAAAAACCAAAAUGAGGACAAAGGAAUGAUUUCCAAAAGACUGAGUGCAAAGAAACUACAGGAUGUAUACAUGGCUUUACAAAGAUUCUCUUUCAAGACUGAGCACAUUGAAGAAGCAAUGAAAAAUACGCUUUUAUAUGGGGGUGAUCUCCACUCUGCACUUGACUGGCUUUGUUUAAACCUUCCCAAUGAUGCCUUGCCUGAAGGUUUUAGCCAGCAAUUUGAAGAACAGCAGCAGAAACCUAGAGCAAAAUUUUGUUCUGCUGUGUCACAGUGUGAAAUUCUGCCUCACUUAGAAGAUAACAAAAAGAAAGAAAAUGGCCCUGGAACUAAGGAAAUGAAUGUGAGGAAAGAGAAAGAAUUAACUAUGAAGGAAUGGAUUUUGCGAUACGCUGAGCAACAGAGUGAUGAAGAGAAGGAUGAGUCUGUGAAAGAGACAGAUGAAGAAAAAUUUGACCCAAAUGAGCGGUAUAUACAUCUGUCUGCCAAGCUUUCAGAAGCAAAAGAGCAAGCAAGCAUGUCCAAGCAAGACAAAGACAAGCAAGGCCAGAAGGCAGCACAAGAAAAAAUAAGAAGAAUUCAACAAGAAAUGGCAGCACUUGAGGAACAUCCAGUAUUUAAUCCAGCUAUAAAGAUUUCAAGCCAACAGCAAAAUGAAAAGAAAAAAACUCCCUCACUUCAACCUCAAGAAACCACUUUGAACUUGAGUUUGCUUGAAAAACCUGAUGCAAAGGAUGACAAAGGUGCUGCAAAGGAAGACAAAGGGAAAAAGAGAGAACCACUAGAUAUAAGAAAUUUUGAUUAUAGUGCUCGUAGCUGGACUGGUAAAUCUCCGAAACAGUUUUUGAUUGACUGGUGCAGAAAGAAUUUUCCGAAGAGCCCAAAUCCUGCUUUCGAAAAAAUUCCUGUUGGAAAAUAUUGGAAAUGUAGGGUCAGGAUUAUCAAAUCAUCAGAUGAUGUAAUGGCGAUGUGUCCUACAAUCGUAACAGAAGACAGUAUGCAAGCACAACAUCUAGCUGCUACUUUGGCACUCUACCAUUUAACCAAAGGACAAUCAGUUCAUCAGUUGCUGCCUCCUACCUACCGAGAUGUCUGGCUUGAAUGGAGGGAUAUCGAAAAGAAAAAGGAAGAAGAAAGCAAGAUAGAAACCAACAAACCGCGUGAUACUUUUAUUGCUAAAUUGUUAAACAAACUGAAACAGCAACAGCAGCUACAGUCUGAAAACCAGCCAAGACUAUCUGAGGGGCCUGAAGAUUCCUGGGAAGACUUGGUUUCUGAUGAGGACUUCAGCAGUCUCUCCCUUGAGAACUCAGAUGCAGAUAAUUUGGAGCCUUCAAGGAUUUUGUUUAAGAAGCUGCAGAGUUCCUCUAGAUACCAGAGGCUUCUGAAAGAGAGGCAGGAGUUACCUGUGUUUAAGCACAGAUAUUCGAUUGUAGAAACUCUCAAAAAACAUCGAGUAGUUGUUGUCGCUGGUGAAACAGGCAGUGGGAAGAGUACCCAGGUGCCCCAUUUCUUGUUGGAGGACUUGUUGCUAGAUGUAGGAUCAAAAAAAUGCAACAUUGUUUGCACACAACCCCGAAGAAUCUCAGCAGUGAGCCUGGCGACAAGGGUUUGUGAAGAGCUAGGUUGUGAAUCAGGACCAGGAGGAAAAAAUUCCUUGUGUGGAUAUCAAAUUCGUAUGGAGUCAAGAACAGGAGAAGCCACCAGACUGCUGUACUGUACAACAGGUGUCCUUCUUCGAAAACUUCAAGAAGAUGGUCUCCUGUCAAGUAUAUCUCAUGUUAUUGUUGAUGAGGUACAUGAAAGAAGUGUCCAGUCUGAUUUCUUACUAGUUAUUCUGAGAGAGAUCUUGCAUAAGCGCUCAGAUCUGCACCUGAUUUUAAUGAGUGCCACUGUAGACAGUGAGAAGUUUUCCAGCUAUUUCUCACACUGUCCCAUUUUAAGGAUCUCGGGGAGGAGCUACCCAGUUGAGAUUUUCCAUGUUGAAGAUAUAAUUGAAGUAACUGGCUAUGUUCUGGAGAAGGACUCAGAAUAUUGUCAGAAGUUCUUGGAGGAAGAGGAGGAAGUAACAAUAAAUGUUACGGGUAAAGGAGGAAGCACUACGAAGCACCAGGAGUAUGUCCCAGUCCAGUCUGGAUCUGGUAUCGAUUUGGCUCCUUACUAUGCGAAGUAUAGCAAUCGUACACAGCAGGCUAUCUUGUAUAUGAACCCUUACAAGAUCAACCUUGAACUUAUUUUGGAGUUGCUUGCAUACUUAGAUAGAAGUCCCCAGUUCAAGAAUAUUGAAGGUGCUGUGCUGAUCUUUUUACCAGGCCUAGCUCAUAUCCAACAGCUGUAUGAUCUCAUUGCAACUGACAGAAGAUUUAAUUUGCAUGACAGGCACAGAUUGAUAGCUUUGCAUUCUGUUCUUUCAACUCAAGAUCAAGCAUCUGCAUUUACAAUACCACCUCUUGGUAUUAGAAAGAUUGUUUUGGCAACCAAUAUAGCAGAGACAGGUAUCACAAUACCAGAUGUUGUCUUUGUAAUUGAUACUGGGAGAACAAAAGAAAAUAGGUAUCAUGAAAGCAGUCAGAUGAGUUCCCUGGAAGAGACCUUUGUUAGUAAAGCUAGUGCUCUGCAGCGGCAAGGAAGAGCUGGGCGUGUUAGGGAUGGGUUCUGCUUCCGAAUGUACACAAGAGACAGGUUUGAAAGCUUCAUGGAAUAUUCUGUUCCAGAAAUACUGCGUGUGCCUUUGGAGGAAUUAUGCCUUCAUAUUAUGAAAUGCAGUCUUGGCUCUCCUGAAGAUUUUCUUUCCAGAGCAUUAGAUCCACCACAGCAGCAAGUAAUUGGAAAUGCAAUGAAUCUUUUGAGGAAGAUUGGUGCUUGUCAGUUAAACGAGCCCAAGCUGACUCCAUUGGGCCAGCACCUUGCAGCCCUUCCUGUUAAUGUAAAGAUUGGCAAAAUGCUUAUAUUUGGUGCUAUAUUUGGCUGCUUGGAUCCUGUGGCAACUUUGGCUGCUGUUAUGACAGAAAAAUCCCCAUUUACUACACCUAUUGGUCGAAAAGAUGAAGCAGAUCUUGCAAAAUCGUCUCUAGCUAUGGCAGUUUCAGACCAUAUAACAAUCUACAAUGCUUAUCUGGGGUGGAAAAGGGCCCGACAGGAAGGGGGGUAUCGUGCUGAAAUGACUUAUUGCAGAAGGAAUUUCCUUAAUAGGACUUCACUGUUAACUCUGGAGGAUGUGAAGCAAGAACUCAUAAGGGUGGUCAGAGCAGCAGGGUUUACAGCACCUUCAACACAAUGUGCAUGGGAUGGAAAUGGAGCCACACAAUCUCUGUCUCUCAGUGAAAUAGCUCUUCUUAAAGCUGUGUUGACUGCAGGGCUGUAUGACAACAUAGGAAAAAUACUAUAUACAAAGUCUGUGGAUAUUACAGAGAAGCUGGCUUGCACAGUAGAAACUGCUCAGGGUAAAGCUCAAGUUCAUCCAUCUUCUGUAAAUCGAGACUUGCAGACAUAUGGAUGGCUGCUUUACCAGGAGAAGGUGAGGUAUGCCAAGGUGUAUUUGAGAGAAACUACUUUAAUAUCCCCCUUUCCCAUUUUGCUUUUUGGUGGGGAUAUAGAAGUCCAACAUCGCGAGCGUCUCCUGACAGUUGAUGGUUGGAUCCAUUUUCAGGCUCCUGUUAAGAUAGCAGUAAUUUUCAAACAGCUGAGAGUUCUCAUUGAAUCUGUUUUGAAGAAGAAGCUUGAAAAUCCCAAAAUGUCACUUGAAGAUGACAAGGUCUUAUACAUCAUCAAAGAGCUGAUAAAGACAGAAAAUGGUAACUGAAAUCAGAAAUCAGCAACAGAUCAGAGCUUCAGUAAUUGCAGGGGAAAUACGCACUCCAACAUUAAUUGGAAAUUAAUUUAAAUUCUUAGUAUGGUUGAUACCAGCCAUGAUGGGGAUAGACUGCAUGAUUUUGCAUAGGAUCAGCCUUUCUUUUUAUCAUUUUGAAGAUGAACAUUGGAUAUGUGUAGCCUUUACACUAUAUUUGGUGCCAUUUGUCAUGACUCUAGGAAUGAUAACUGCAAAGCAGCUUUUUUAAAAUAUGAACUGUUCACAGCCAUUUCUCUUUUUUUAACUUGAUGUGCUAAUCAUACCAUCAUCAGUGUGUACUGAUGAUUGAAGAUUCAGUCCUGAAUCUCAGUUGAGUAGAAUUCCAUGUAUGCAAAUGGAAGGCAAAUGUUUCUCAUAUGGGUUUCGUAAGUGCUGAUUUUUUUUUAACUCUUAAUUUACAGUAUUAAACCAAGACAUCUUAGAGAAGUCUUAAUUUUGCUGUAUGAUUUACAUUGAGAAGAUGCUCUAUAAGCAUCUCUAAGAUUUACAGCAUGGACUGCUGUAAAUGAGUGCUCAGCGAGAUGUGUACUGACCAGCAGCUCCUCCAAAAGAAGAGGAUGUGCCUCUUCACAGUUGUUCCUCCCUGUUUACCCUGAUUCUUGUGACUCCUGCCACUGUACUAUAUUUUGCUCUCUCUUUUUUGUAUGUUAAGUUUUGCAUAGUUCUCCAGGCACCCUUAAGGAGAUGAUCAUGUGUUUUUUCUCCUCUUAUUGAUCAAAAUUCACAUUGACCCUCUUCAGGGAAAUAGCGGGGAAGCUCCUAGUGGCAACUUCCAGUGGUAGUUCUCUCCUACCCUACUUGCUCACAGUGACUGGAUCCUUUGUUUCUUGUUUCUUUAAUACUGAGUAAUUCAUUAAUAGCUUAAUGAAUCAGAUGGUUUCACACUCUACUUAUUCACACUAUUUCUAAUUAUGAAGCGCAAUUGUAGAUUGACAACUGAGCUUUCAAGAAUAAGGAAUAUAUUGGUGGGGAGGAUUUGCUGUUAAACAAUUGCAGUCAAACAGGAGCUGUCUUCACAGAAGCACAGUGUAGAUGAGAACUUUUCUUUAAUCUGAAAAAUAAAGAUUUUAUACAGCAGAAGUUAAUCACGUACAGAAAGGGCACUCAGGAAAUUGAAUUCAUAAAAAUGCAAAAUAUAUGGAGCCUAUCCAUUUAGAUUAUCACAGUGGAACUAGUAUUGCUGUCCAGCUUGUGCAUCUUAGCUUACACCAAUUCUGGAAAAGGAAAACUGUUUGGUAACAGCUCUGAAGGAACAGGGAUCAUAUCUGUUGUUCUUUUAUGCAUUAUGAUAAUGUAGUGGUAGUCCUGGUUUCAGAGGAGACAGGAAGUGACUUUUGGGGGUUUUUUACAGCACCAUUUAGGCAAGGAAGCAUUUGAACAGGAAGUUUUGAUCUUAGACCUUAAGAGCUCAACUUUGCCUUCAGUAUUCCCACACUGAAAUCAAAACUUGCAAAUUUUGUUCGUUGAAGAUAUAAACUAAAUCUGUACCCUAAACAAAUUUCCUAGGGUUUGUUUUCGUUGAGAUGUUUUAUUUGUUAUUUUGGUUGAGAUGUUUUAUUUGUAUUCUUUGGAAACACAAAGUAGAAAAAAUCUCAAUAAUUCAGUUAUUAGCAAGCUGCUCUUUAUUUUGGGUUUGAAUUUUGCAAAUGAGUUGUUGGUCUUAAAUGGUUAAAUCCUAGGGAAAGUGUGAAUUGUGUUUGAGUUCUCUCUUAUUCAACUGUGAUGAAUAAGAGGUUUUUUUCCAUUUAUAGGUGGUAAUGUUGAAAUUCAGAGUUAUUCUUUGUGUUUCUCUAGCAUGCUGUGCUUUGUAAUCUUCUAAAUAAAUGACUGAAAUAAAUUAAGGGGAUAUAGUGUAAUGACUGGGCAAUUGCACGAUCUUAUGUGUGAAUAAGUUUUCUGUAAAACAAAUUAAGGAGGUCACACUGUGGUGUACAGAUAAGCACAGUUAUCUUUAAAGAAAAACUUUUAAAAAACCCCAAAAAAAUAACAAAAAAAAACCCAAAAAAAAACAAAAAAAAAGAAGAAAAAAAAAAUCCACAGCCCAGAUGCUACACUUUCUGCUUCUGCAGUAUAUACUUUUGUGCCUGUACUCUUUUGGGUGGAUGAAUUUUCUCUUUUGCUCUAUUUAUUCAAUAAAGACUUCUGUUAACA